AUGAAGCGAAAACCUGGCAUCCUUUCCCUGGUUUCUGCCCGAAGCCACGACGUCCGGGAGUCGAACAGCACGCCGCUCUGGUGGAAGGCUGUCGUGGGCAACAGCGGACUGCCAUCGGCGAGCUUGAAGGAGCGCAACAGCCAGGACGAGAAGAGACAGUUUGGCCACCUGGGUAUUGGCACCAGCUACACCCGCUACGGCUACGACGACAACGACGACGACGACGAAGGUAGCUUUAUUACAAUCAGCGAGCGCGACGGCGACAAGGCGAACGGUUGCCCCUACGAAAACGGCAGCCCUUCCGGUACCGAGUACGACGACGAGCGACCCGACCGCACUCCGAGCCCCGAACUCCACGGCCACUCCCACCUGUUCUUUGGCGUCGGCCGCACACCGGAAACUAUGGCGAGCUGGUCGGGCCAGCCGUCCGUGAAGGGCGCGACGGAGACGACACGGAUGAUGCUGCUGACCGCGGCGAGCAUGGGCAUUGCCUUUACGUGGGGCGUGGAGAUGACUUACUGCACACCAUACCUCCUCUCGCUCGGCCUCACCAAGGGCCAGGCAUCCCUGAUCUGGCUGGCGGGCCCGUUAUCCGGUCUCAUCGUGCAGCCGGUGAUCGGUGUCGUGUCGGACCAGUCGACGGCGAAAUGGGGCAGGCGGAGGCCUUUUAUGGCCAUCGGCUCCAUCAUAGUCGUUGCCGGCUUGCUCAUUUUGAGCUUCACGCGCGAAAUCGUAUCCUAUCUGCUCGGAGCCGGCCGCAACAGCGACGCAACCCCGUCCGUUGUCGAUGCCGUCUCACCCACGACCGCCCACGGCAAUGUGGUUAUCUGCGUCGCCGUUCUCGCCCUGUACGUCACCGACUUUGCAAUCAAUGCCGUCAUGUCCUGCAACCGCAGUCUCCUGGUCGAUACCCUUCCGCUCGAGAAACAGCAGGACGGGGCCGCGUGGGCCAGCCGCAUGGCGGCCUUUGGUCAUCUGGUGGGGUACGCAGCGGGUGCGAUCGAUCUGGUGAAGAUGCUGGGCCCCGCGUACGGCGACACGCAGUUCAAGAAGCUGAGCAGCGUGGCCGCACUGAGCAUCCUGGUGACGGUCGGCAUCACCUGCUGGGCGGUGACGGAGCGCGUGCUCCUGAAAUCGGCUCUGGGAGGGCCGAACGGCGCCGCAGACAGCGUCAUGGCUAAGCUGAUUAAGAUCUUCCGGCAGAUCUGGUCGACGCUGCUGACGCUGCCGCCGCGGAUCCAGGCGAUCUGCUGGGCCGUGUUCUGGGGCUGGAUUGGCUGGUUCCCCUUUGUGGUGUACAGCAGCACAUGGGUUGGUGAGACGUACUUCCGGUAUGACGCACCGGAGGGCGCGGCGUCGACGGACGUGGUCGGCGAGAUGGGCCGAAUCGGCAGCUACGCGCUGACGACGUACUCGGCCAUGACCGUGCUGGCGUCGGCGAUCCUGCCACUGUUUGUGCGCAGCCCCUACACCGAUUCGUUCACCAAACGGCCUCCUGCCAGCAUGGCGCGCUUUGUCGAGCUGAUUGACAAGUCACGCCCGGAGCUGUUGACCGUGUGGACAUGUGGCCACCUCAUGUUUGCAUGCUCCAUGUUCAUGGCGCCGUUUGCCAGGAGCUUCCGUUUCGCGACGAUUCUCGUGACGCUGUGCGGCAUCCCGUGGACCGUGGUGACGUGGGCGCCGACGGCGCUUCUCGGCGUCGAGGUCAACAAGCUCACGGGUGGCCCGUCGGCUGCCAGUAAGCCGUUGAACCGCCGUCCGUCCAACGCGUCUCCCGUCUCCAUCCCUCUGGGUGUGCUGUCGACCACAAGCGGCGACAACACGCGCGGAAAGCGGGACUCGCCGUCGCCGCGACGCCUCGAGCACAGCGGGAAAAGCAGCGAGCCGGCCGCCGUUUCGACGGGCGAGCUGAGCGGCAUCUACUUUGGCAUCCUCAACAUCUACACGACGCUUCCCCAGCUGCUGGGCAACCUGCUGAGCGCGUUUGUGUUUGCGGUGCUGGAGCCUGGCAAGAGCCCCGAGCUGGCGACGGACGCGCACCCGUCGGAGCAUCACGGCACGGACGGGCCGAACGCGAUUGCCGUGACGCUGUUUAUUGGCGCCAUCUUUGCCGUGGUCGGUGCUGUGUCCACGCGCAAGCUGACACGGCUGUAG